AUGGAUUGUAGUAUUUAUGAUGAAUUCCAAGUUUUUGUCAUUGACAAUUUAGCGAAUAAUGAUUGGAGGAAACCAAUUGUGGAUUAUCUGGAAAAUCCAAUUGGAAAUGCUCCUCGAAAGAUCAAAUAUAGGGCAUCAAAGUACGUAAUCAUUGGUAAUGAGUUAUUCAAGAAAACCCUUGAAGGAAUUUUAUUAAAGUGCCUUAGUGAAACUGAAGCAUAUAUAGCCAUCUCUGACGUUCAUAGUGGAGCUUGUGGUUCUCACCAAUCAGGCCAUAAGAUGAAGUGGCUUUUAUUUCGACAAGGCAUGUUUGGAAUUCCUGAAACCAUCACAACUGAUCAAGGUUCAGUGUUUACUGGUCGAAAGAUGCAAGAAUUUGCUAGGCAAACAGGGUUUAAACUUUUGACUUCGACACCUUAUUAUGCGCAAGCAAAUGGUCAAGUAGAAGCUGCCAAUAAGAUUAUCAUUGGAUUAAUCAGAAAACAUAUUGCUCAAAAGCCAAGAAAUUGGAACAAGACUUUAAAUCAAGUCUUAUGGGCAUGUAGAAAUUCUCCUAAAGAAUCAACAAACUCUACUCCAUUUCGAUUAACAUACGGUCAUGAUGCUGUGUUACCAGUGGAAAUUUAUUUGCAAUCCAUCAGAAUUCAAAGGCAAAUGGAGAUACCAACUGAUCAUUAUUGGAGUAUGAUGUUUGAUGAAUUGGUUGAUUUAGACGAAGAAAGGCUAAGAGUGCUUGAUACUUUAAGUAGACAAAAAGAAAGAGUGGCAAAGGCCUAUAAUAAGAAGGUUAAGUCAAAAACCUUUGAUGUGGGGAAUUUAGUUUGGAAAGUUAUUUUGCCUAUGGACAAAAAAGAUAGAGUUUUAGGCAAAUGGUCCCCGAAUUGGGAAGGACCUUUUAAAAUAAUACAAGUAUUUUCGAAUGGUGCAUAUGAGAUAGAAGAAUUAACUUCAGAAAAGCGAACAUUGAAUAUAAAUGGUAAGUAUUUGAAAAAAUAUAAACCAACGCUUUUAGAAGUUAAGAUUAGCACAGAGUAA